AGUAAAUAGCAGCAGGACAACCAUCCAGGAUGAGUAACAACAACAAGAAAAACACAAGCACGACCAGGAAGAAGACCAGCUCAUCAUCACAACCAAACACAAGAAUCAAGAACAGUGCAGCCGGACCAUUGCCAACACCGUCGAUCAAAGAGAAGAUCGAAAAGCAGAAGCACAAGAAGAAGAAGAAGAAGAACAAAGAGUCAGGCGAAGGACAAUCAAACGAGAACAGAACAUCAGAAACCAACCCAUCAAACUCUGAUCACGAUCACGAUGAUGAUGAGGAUAGAGAAGAAACCGAUCGACACUCUGAUUCCUCCAACCAGAGCGACGACUUCACCCCAAAAUCUACCGCAAAGUCACGAGGCAGGGGUCGAGGUCGAGGUCGAGGUCGAGGCGGAGGACGAAAGCCUGCUCCCAAAGUACCUAGAGUCAGGAAACCUCGGCAAAGCAACUCGAAAGCUCUGAAGAAGAAAAACGCGGAUGCUGAACAAGACGGCAAUGAGACCAAUCAGGAAAACCCCGAGGGGGCUGGGAUCCCUCAAACAGAAUACGAAAUCCAUCAAGAUAAUGACCUCUUCAAUACCAUCCGAAUGGGAGCUUCUGCUAUCCAACCGACCCUCGAAGAUUGGAUGGACGUCUAUCAAGGCUCCGGAGAGGAUGACGAAGAUGCGAAGGGACAGGCGAUCUCUCAAUUGAUCAACUUCAUCCUACGAUCCUGCGGAUGUAACUGCAGCAUCGAUAAGCACAAAGCAUUGGAUAUCGAUGCGGUCACUGACACACUCGAUACCAUCCAAGAAACCUUCAAGAAGGUCCCAAGUCAAGCCUAUCCUUUGAUCGUCAAAUCCGGAAAAUCCGUGUCUAAGAACUUCCGCAAGAAUCUGAUCAAUUUGAACCAUCAACUACUUCUACUAGCCCACUCCAAUAGCAUUCUAUACGAUGAUUAUUUCAUCCCUCUGGUUCAAUCCUAUUUAGUCUCGAUGAGCUCGUCGACUCUAAGAUCCUUUAGACAUACCUCUACUGUCAUGAGUCUCUUCGGCUUCGUCAGUCCUCUGUGCGAAUUAUUAGUUAGUGCGAAGAAGGAGUUAACUAGUUUGAGUAGGAAGGUCGAGGUCGAAGCUGCUAAAAAACAUGCCAGUUCUUCCAAACUUGAUCAACUAGCCGAAUGGCAGAAACGGAAAAAGCAAGUCCUUCAAGAGAAAACUGCGCUCGAAAAUUUCAUUAGCGAGUUUUUUGAUGGGGUUUUUGUUCAUAGAUAUCGUGAUGCAGAUCCUAACAUCCGAGUAGAUUGUGUGCAAGCUCUGGGGCAGUGGAUGGCCAUGGUCCCAGAAUACUUCCUUGAGGGUAACUAUCUACGAUACAUUGGCUGGGUUUUAACAGACAGUCAUAAGGAUGCCCGGAAUGAGGCCUUAAGAGCCCUAUCUACGCUUUAUUCAAAAGAAGAGAACAUCGGGGUCAUGCAGCAUUUCACUUCGCGUUUCAGGCCCAGACUGAUCGAGAUGGCGACGGGAGAGAGCGACUUCACGACUCGAUGUCUUUCGAUCAAUAUCGUGACCCAGAUCGACCGACAUGGCCUGUUAGAUUCAAGACAGAGGAAUCAGCUCGGACGGCUGAUCUAUCACGAGGAUUCGAGGGUCCGAAAAGCUGCCAGCGCAUUCUUUGCUAACAUGUUCGAAGAGACCUUCGAGGCUCGAAAGACGCGUCUGGAUGCGGUCGCUCAAUCGCCGAGUAAGGGUAGAGCCCCCAAACAGAAAUCGCGUACCGCUGAAUUAGAAACGCAAAUCGCAUUCAAGUGUCUAGCCCAUCUGUUACUCAAGUUAGAACGGGAAUCAAAGUCAGGCGCUUCUGGAGGGGAUGACGGCGAAUCGAGUAACUCGGAAGACGAAGAAGUUGGUCAGGAUGAUCCCGAACUCGCUGCUCAAUACUACGGCUCGCUCUAUCAGAAUGAUUCAGAGAAAGGAAGGGUAGAUUUCGCUGUCGAGGAUCUGUGGCCUCGAGUGGAAGUCUUACAUGACUGGCAGGCGCUCUGUCAGUACUUACUGCUUGACCACACCGCUUCAACCAAUCGUACCCAGACCUCGUCCGUACCUGCUCAACCUGGUCGUAGCAGUGUCUCGCUGACCAAUACCGAUAUGGAGGGUUCUGCUGACGAGGAAGCUCAUCAAGACACAGCCGAAAACUCAACGACGAUUGACGAUGCUUGUAAAUUAAGUGAAUCAGAGGAAAACAUCUUGGUCGAAGUCUUGGUGGCUUCUCUUAGAAAGUUUGGUUCAACACUGACGCCAACAGAAGCUUUGAAGAUGAAGAAGAGGAAGAUGAAGAAGCGUCAACAGCCGGAAGCAACUGAUGAGGAAGGAGCAACCACGGAGGAUGAGGCUACCGUCGCUCGUCGGCUCCAAGAAUUGACCGAAGAUGAACCCGAAAAUAAGACCGAUCUGACCCGAGUCAUGAUCAAUCUAUUGCCAAAACUCUGGUCGAAAUUUGUGACUGAUCCAGUGAAAUUGGCCGAAGUCUUUCGAAUCCCUAAGCUCAUGUGCUUAAACAUGUAUCUGGAUCUAAGAAUGGUAUCUGCAUUUGAGAAACUGUGGGACACGAUGAUCAAACAGUAUCUCAAGCAGCAAAACUUAGGCACCAUCCAAGUGAUUUCGUCAACGAUUGCCCAUGUAUUAAGCGACUCAAAAUCGUUAGAACAUAUCAGUCAAGCGAAGAUCCUCAAGCUUCACGAGGCUCUGUUGUCCAGUCUUUACGAUCUGACGGCCGAUCGCACAGACCUUGAGAAGGAUGAACUCCGGGAAGAUCAAUCGCUCUCUCUCACCCUUCUGCUCACCAAAAUCGCCCGUCUCUUCCGACAAAGUGAUAUGUCUUCAAGCAUUAAAAGUGCCGAGUCGGAUCCAUCCGGCUCCAUCAGUCCUUAUGAGUUGAUCAAUGCUCUUGCUAAACGGGCUCAUCUAGCACACCCACACGAAGCUCAGUUGGUCGAAGUAGCCAUGGAGAUCCUUCAACUGAACUUUACUUGGACGAGCGCAUCGAUUUAUCGUCUAACGCUCGCCAAUGAAACUUCAUCGGCCGUCCCUGAGACUGGCGAAGGAAGCUCGUCCUUAUUGGCUACUAAGCUGGAGUACGGGAUCAUGGCUCGAGAUAACUUGGUUACCCUUUUGACUCAAUCCGCUUUCGAUCCGAAUUCUCCCGUCGAUCUGUCGGUUCAAAGAGCUGCAUUUAUCCAUCUCUUGAACACUUAUUUACUUUGUCAAGGGACCCUGAUACCAGAAGAUUUAAGGCUCAGAUGUGAUGAGGAAACCCAGAUCAAAUGUGCGAGAUUCAUCGAGCUCGAAAUCCAGAACUUUGUCGAUCAGAAUAAGGCUACUACUGCUGUUGUUGGUCAAGAUGACGAUCCUCUGGACGAAGAUGGUCUCGAUGAUCAGGCUGCUGGUCCUUCUAGGAAUAACAAAAAAUCAAAGAAAAAAUCUCCUCUGAAGUCGAAAUCUAAAGCCAUAAUCGAUCAAUCUAAAAAAACAGGAAUGAAGAUGCCACCGAGUGUGGAUGAACUUCGUCGGCUAGAAGAGUUUGAUCUGUUGGUGACCACGUAUGCGAAGUCGAUCCGAUGUGGGAUGAUCGACUUCCAACACUCCGUAGUCAUCAUCCAACAUUUCACUCGGUUCAAUAAGAUCUUUGAUAUUUCCGUCGAGUUGCUUGUGGCUACCCUUACCGAACAGAUCUCUAACUCUCCGGACCAGAUCAGUUUGGUCAUCAGUUGCUUAAUCGAUGUAUUUAAAGCCUCAUUUGAAUUAUAUCUAGCCGAUGAGGAGUACACGGAAGACCAAUUCAUCCGUCUCUCUCGAUUGUUGCAAUCUGUGGUGAUCAUCCGUGGGCCCAGGAUGAGUUACAAAGCCCGCUUCGAUUCCUCCUCGGCCGCCAAGUUACAUGUCGAUUGUAUCGAUUGGCUUAUCGGGAAAGCUACCGAGCCUGAGCUUGAUCGACCUUCGAUCAAUAAGCUGGGCACCUUGUUUAAGGGCUUGGCGCUCUUGUUGAUCGGCAUAGACGGCCGCUCUUGUCUCAAGAUAAAAGCUGACAUGGAACGGCUCGUCGAAGAGCGCGAACUGACGAUCCCAACAUCCAAGUCUUGGGACCCUUAUCAACUUUACUUGAGACGGUUAAUCUCUACCAUGGCUAAAGAUCCAAAUAUCAAACGUGCAGCAAGGCUUGCAUUAGAGAAACAGAAUGGCGCUGAAGCUUCGGCUGGAGAAGAAGGCGUGGCCGACGGGACUAGUCGACGUCAAGCAGCCGAUGAGGACGAUGAUGGGGAUGAGGGGGCCGAGAUGGGACCGCCGCCGACGAUUGGAACGAAAACGAAGCGGAAGCCCCAGCCUCGGGCGAAAAAGGGGAAGCUCAAGGCGCGAGAGACGAGUGCGGAGACAGACGAUGAAGGAGUUUCUGAAGAGACGGUUGGAGAAGGGAGGACGAGGAAGCCAGGGCGAGGCCAACGCACCCGUUCCCCGCUCUCCUCGUCGCGCGUUCCGAGUUCUUCAAACCCCCGCGGAUCCUCGGUGGUCUCGGUGGUCAUCCCUCAGGGCCCGAAGCGGAAGCGAUCAGCCCGACAUCCUCAGUCUGGCGACACUCCUGCUGGCCCCUCUUCUUCCCACAAACGCGCUCGUCUCUCGGCCGUGGUGAUCGAGAAAAGCAGAGACUCCUCGAACCCUCCGGGCUCCUCUACGCGUCGGCGGCGUCCCCCCGCCUCCUCCGCGUCCCUCGAAAGACCCUCCGACCUUCCUCUUUCUGCUCCCGACAAUCUCCCCCUUCGGUCAACUCCUCUCCUGAAUUCUCCUUCCCCUCGUCCGUCUAGUAAUCUUAGUCCAUCCGGAUCCGAAAUCAGUCUCGCUGCUCUCAAACGGAAAUCUAGGACCCAGCUGAAAAAUUGA